AUGAAAUUCAUAAACAUUGUGCUUCUCUUUGCAGGACUUGUUCACUCUAGAAUGUUUCUAAACAUCCGUGACAUUUCUGUGCCUUUCUCAAUCCAGAGGGGAGUGAUAGACAACCAGAUAUGUAAGGGGCUUUUCAAGCUUAUAACGCCAACUAAGGGAACAAUUAGUGCAACAAUUUACUCAGAAGACAUGAAAAGAGUGUUCACAAAGGACAACCUCAAACCCAACGAAGAAGUCCACUUCUCAUUCAACACCACGACAGGGCAGACAUACAUCAUAAAACUAGAGGAGAUGGAGGAGGUUCCAGAGAAAAGCGUAAAAGUAGAGUAUGAGUUUACAUCGCAGUAUAACACAUUCAACAAAAACAUAGCAAAGUAUGAAGUAAUUGACCCAGCGCUGACAGAAAUGACAAAGUUCGAGAAGCUUUUAUACGAACUGUCUCUCCAGACCUCGUAUAGACAACGAGAGACUGCAGCUUUCUCUGACAGUGUUAACGAGAUUGUUGUUUCCAUCCUUUGUAUAAACUUGCUUAUAUUCAUUGCGUUUGCUGGAAUAUUAGCAUAUCAAACGAUUUCCUUCAAAGACUUUUUAAAGAAGAAGAAGCUGAUUUAAUAAAGGAA